UGGACGGGAGCGCCGGGCCGGGACUAGGCUGGGGUCGCGCCCGGGUCAGAACCCCCGGAGCGGGCGCUCUCCGACCCGGCGCUGAACUUCCCGCGGCGACACCCGCGUCCCCAGUCAGCGAUUGUGAGGCGCCUUGCGGAUCCCGCCCUCCCAGCGCGUGGAGGGCCCGCCCAGACCCGGGGGUCGGCGCUGACGUUCCACCCAAGGACCCAACAGGGGCCCCGCGCGCCCGGGGAAGCCACGGCAAGGGGAGCGGGUCCGCAGGCGCGGUGGCAUUUUGUCAGCACUUGGGAACUUCCUGGCCCAGAUGAUUGAGAAAAAGCGGAAAAAAGAAAACUCUAGAAGUCUAGAUGUCGGUGGGCCUCUGAGAUAUGCCGUUUACGGGUUCUUCUUCACAGGGCCGCUGAGUCACUUCUUCUACUUCUUCAUGGAACAUUGGAUCCCUCCUGAGGUCCCCCUGGCAGGGCUCAGGAGGCUUCUCCUGGACCGCCUCGUCUUUGCACCGGCCUUCCUCAUGUUGUUCUUCCUCAUCAUGAACUUUCUGGAGGGGAAAGACGCCUCAGCCUUCGCCGCCAAGAUGAGGCGGGGCUUCUGGCCGGCGCUGAGGAUGAACUGGAGGGUGUGGACGCCACUACAGUUCAUCAACAUCAACUACGUCCCUCUGAAGGUGAGGGCCACGGGGCUCAGCCUCUGCCAACAUUACCUUGUCAGCCUUUUCCUUCCUUCCUUCCUUCCUCUUUCCUUCCCCCCUCCCCUCCCCUUCCCUCUUCUUUUCUCUUCUCUUCUUUCUUUUGUAGUUUUCCACUAGACUUGGUUUCACCCGUGUCUAGAUUCCUUAACUACCCUUGGAUUUUGCCCAUGACCCUGAAUCCUUGCUAGUUCGGGAUUCAGGAAGCAACACAGAAGGGUGUCCCGAGUGGUCGUCUUUGCCUCUUCUGUUCGUUCAGCAAAUUCUCAUUAAAAGCCCCCAUGCCAGGGAUGCCUAUGAGUUUUCUAGCCUUUGAAACAUUCCCAGUCCCAGGAGUGUACAUUCAGGCAACUUGAAUCUAUGCUCCUGGGUUGCAGUCCUCAAACUUGGCCCAAAUAAACUCUAGUUAUACUUAGAAAAAAAAAGGCCGUCACAGUAGCUCACACCUGUAAUCCCAUCACUAUGGAAGGCUGAGGCGGGCAAAUCACUUGAAGCCAGGAGUUCGAGACCAGCCUGGCCAACAUAGCGAAACCCCAUCUCUACUAAAAAUACAAAAAUUAGCCAGGCAUGAUGGCAGGUGCCUGUAGUCCCAGCUACUCAGGUGGCUGAGGCACAAGAAUCACUUGAAUCCGGGAGACGGAGGUUGGAGUGAGCUGAGAUUGUGCCACUGCACUCUAGCCUGGGCAACACAGUAAGACCCUGUCUCAAAAAAUAAAUAAAAUGUUAAAAAGAAACAAAACAUUUGUGGUCCCUGGGCUCAUGAAUUACAGCUGAGCCUGAAGGCAGGCACUGUGCGGUCAUGGGUCCUGCCGCUGACCUGGAAGGGCUGCCUCACCUGCAGCCGUGGCAGCCACACCUGGGCGAGGGGUGGGCCCAUCCAGGUGCAGAGUGAAGGCCUUCUGGGUAAGCUGAGCCUUUCCGCUAUCCUGUGCAUGAAGGAGCUGCUGUGGUGGCUGAGUCAAAGGUGUCAGAUUGGGGCUGGGCUGGUGGUGUGGAGGCUGGAGCUCCAGGCUCUGCCACUGGGAUCAACUGUCUUUAUGCACAGCCAGGGUCCCCAGGACCACUCCCACACUGGGAGGAUGGGGUGCAGCACCCCCUGCAGCAUGGCAGGAUACCCCCAGAUGCUAGAGGAGGAGGCCUGGCAGAGCCUGUAGGGUCCACGUGCUUCCCUCCCCCAGAAGGUAUGCCGCCCAUCAGGGUUUUUUACUGGUACUCUGGGCAGGCAUCUCUGCCUGCUGCCCCAAAGCUCCAGACCCCUAGAAAGACAGCAGCUGUGUGGAGCCUGCAUUGUUGGUGCAAACAGUCCAGGCACAGGGCAGGUGGCCCUUCUGGGAAAGGUGGGUGCCAUCCCAGCCCAGGCUGCUGCUAGGGAGGACCUGAACAGGCCUGCAGUGGCUGGACCUCAGCUGCAGAGGGCCUUCCUGCGUUAGCACCGGCUCUGAGCCCUGCCCAGGAGGGAGGAGAGGACCAGGGUGACCCCCGAGGGAGAGGAGGGAGGCGGCCCAGUGUGUGCACACUGCACACACCACAAACACACCAAGAAGCAGCAGGAAACCAGGGGUGCACACAGACAGGACAAAGAGGCAGUUCACCCUUAGCCAAAGUUGCCAGGAGUUAAAGCAAAAUAAAAAAAUUUCCUUUGGCUUUAACAGUGGCCCUUCCCAGAGCAAUUUCAGCUCCAUGGGGCUGAAGCCAGAUUGCCUUGAAGAGUGGGUGGGAAUUAUUUUAAAAAUCACAAGUCUAGAACAUGCUCUCAAAGUCUGUGGGGGCCAGGCAUGGUGGCUCAUGCCUGUAAUCCCAGAACUUUGAGAGGCCGAGGCAGAAGGAUCACUCAAAGCCAGGAGUUUGAGACCAGUCUGGGCAACAUAGUGAGACCCCAUCUCUAUUUCAUAAAAAUGAAUUUUAAAAAGUUUGAGAGAAGGUGAGAAGUGAUGGAAGAAGGCUGGGUGGCAGAGGGGGUUCUGACACUCAGAGAUGCGGCCAUGGUGGGUGCAGACGUGAAGCUGCUUGUGGGAUGGGCAAACACGCAUGUCCAGAAAGAGCAGCUCUGUGGGGUCCCCUAAGGAGUCAGGGUGGAUGUGAGCCCCCGGCACACUCACAGUGGUGCUUGGGACAGAGGCCCUGCCCUCUGUGAUGAGAGAGGAGAGAGAAAGUGACAGCUGAGCGGACCGGAGAGUGGGACAUCCUGCCUCAAGCCCCCAUGUGCCUCUCUGGAGGGCCAGGGGCUGGGACUGAGGGCAGAGGAAGUCAGGCGGGCAUUUUAAGGGGAUACAGAAGGGGCAAGUUUGGCCAUGUGGAGGAUGGGAGAGCAUGCUGACUGCAGAGACAAAGACUUCUGGGCAGAGGGGGCUGGGGCUUGUCCAGCUGUGGUCAGCAUCUGGGGAAGUGAGAAGGCAGGAAGGAUAAAGGAUUUUCCAGGGAGUGUGACUGAAGAACAGUAGGCUAAGGAAGCUACAGCCAUGGGCCACUGGUUCUCGGGAAUUUAGAGAAGGAAGCAGAGACAACUGAGAAGACAGACUGGCCGGGAACACGGAGGAUCUGGGAUGGAAGAGGGGAGAGCCGGGAAGCUGCGCCUCUGAGUAGCAUGGGGGCAGAGUCGCCAUCCUAGGUGGGUGCAGGUGUAUGCAGAAGCAGCAUUCAUUCAGCAAGCGUUUCCUGAGCAGUGACUGUGCGCCAUGCUGCUAGACUCAGGGACGCGGUGAUUAACCAGACACAUGGGCUGCUACUUUCAUAGCACCACAUGCCAGGGAGAGACUCAGCACUGGGCCAGAGGAUUCUGGGGAAGGGUGAAGCUGCUGAGUCACCAAAGCAAGGCAGUGGGAUGGUGAUGGGUUAGAGGAGGGAAGGUCUGGGGCCCCUCCCCUGUUCGUCAGCUGUGUCCCCUGAGGAGGGUGCAGCCACCUGCAUGAUGGCUGGUCCUGGAGUGAGAGAGGCUGAACCAGGAGCUAAGUGUGCAGUGAAGGGGGAAAAAGGAGAGUGACUUGGCUUUGGGAUUCCUGGGCCACUGUAGCCUGUGAACACUGUAACUAGGGGACCAUUUUUCUUCUCCACUCCUCUCUGCUAGGGGCCUAGCACAGCGUUUGGUACGAACAAAGGCUCAGUAAAUGCAGUAAUGGAUGGGUGGUUGGACCAGCCGACCAACAAACGGGUAAACGAAUGAACUGGGUGACUGAGGCUGGAUAACUGGGUGACUGAGGCUGGAUAACUGGCCACGGCCUCCCGCUGACCGUGGCCUGUUG